AUGAACUCACCUCCUGCUCCAACAUGCUCUACCAUGAUCCCCUCUACCGGCCCGUCUGAGCAGUCGGUACAGUCACUUUCUGUGCAGUCCCGCGACACCCCGGCAUCUUCCGAGCAGUCAUCGUAUUCGCGAGAGAAGCGGUUCUUCGGUGCCGUCGGCGAGCCAGUAUCCACUUCCACAUCCCCAUCGCCGGUCGUCGCCGGGGACGCCGACUCUGUCCAGCUCGAAUGUCCGCCAGAAUGCCUUGGGUGUCUGAACCAAGCGCUCACGAGGCGCAUUGAAGAUCUUUCCGCCCAGAACCUCGAACUUUCGCUUCGCAAUACGGAUAUGGACCUUUCUCUUGAUCAAGCGCAGGAGCAAAUUCGAGACCUCAAGGAACAGGCUGAUACUCAGAAACGGACCCUGGACAGCGAGAAUCGCACUGUAUACGACCUGUAUAACGGCAAAAAAGAAGAGGUGAUCUCUCUGGAAGCCAGGUUGAGCCAGUCACAGCGAGAAGUCGGGGACUUGCUGAAGGAGUUGAGCGCGAGGGAGGCGGUCCUUCGGGCGGCGUCUUACGAUUCCCUCGAAAGCCAGGAGGAGAUCUCAAGACUUCGGGUGAUCAAUGAAGCGCUGCGGGCCAGGGUGAGAAGAGGUGCAUUGGCGUGUCCCGAGUCAUAUCCCGAGUACCAUCGUCACCUGAUGGGGCAGGUCGCGAAGUUCGGGCGUCCCCACUCCAACUCUUCGACGCCUGCUUACACCACCAACAUCCGAGGCCCGACUACUCCAUACCCAAGCGGGAUGGCGCCGGUGCGCCCCUAUGAUGAGUGGGCCCAGCCGCACGACGCUUCAAGCGGUCAAGCAGACGUGACUUGGGGGACUCCGUCAAUGAGAUCGGGUGUCCGUUUCGCCUGUGAGCAAUCACCGCUACCCGCGCCAGCAGGGCAACGAGUCCACACUCUUGCGCGGACCGAUAUACAACCAAGAGACGCAUCGCGGAGUUGA